AUGGCAUUAAGACAAGUCUUUAUCGUAUCAGCUAAAAGAACUCCCUUUGGUACCUUUGGUGGAAAGUUAAAAGACAUUACAGCUGCUGAAUUAGGUGGCCUUGCAUCCAAAGCAGCUAUUGCUGAUCUUCCUACAGAGGUUCCUAUUGAUUCUGUCGUAUUUGGCAAUGUACUUCAGACAGAUGUUGCUGGUGCCUAUGUUGCGCGUCAUAUUGGCCAUCGUGCUGGAUUGCCCGUGACUGUACCUGCCUUAACGGUCAAUCGAUUAUGCGGUUCGGGUCUCCAGAGUGUCGUGAAUGCUGCACAAGAAAUCGUAUUGGGCGAAAGUGAGAUUGUAUUAGCUGGUGGUUCCGAAAACAUGUCCUUGUCUCCAUUUACACUUUCUGGUGCUUCUCGAUGGGGACUCAAAUUAGGUCAAGAUCCUACACUGAAAGAUUCACUUUGGACUGCAUUGACAGAUCAAUAUCCUACACCCACACCCAUGGGUAUCACGGCUGAAAAUCUUGCUGAGAAAUACAGUAUCUCCAAAGAUGCAUGUGACAAAUACGCCUUACUGAGUCAACAACGUUAUGAAAAAGCCUCCAAAGCCGGUAUCUACAAAGAAGAAAUUGUACCUGUGGAAAUCAAAGGUCGUAAAGGCCCCGAACUCGUAUCGGAAGAUGAGCAUCCACGCUUUGGUCUCCAAUUGGAAAACCUGACAAAAUUAAAGCCUGUUUUUAAAAAGAACGGCGUUGUUUCUGCAGCCAAUGCAUCUGGUAUCAAUGAUGGUGCUGCUGCCUUGAUUGUUGCAAGUGAAGAUGCAGUCAACAAGUAUGGAUUGAAACCUUUGGCUCGUGUUGUAAGUUGGCAAGCUUCUGCUGUUGAACCUACCUUGAUGGGCCUUGGUCCUGUGCCUUCCAUCACUGGUGCUUUGAAGCGUGCUCGUCUUGAACUGAAACAAAUGGGUUUGAUUGAAAUUAAUGAAGCUUUUGCUGCUCAGUAUUUGGCUUGUGAAAAAGAAUUGGGUCUUGAAAGAGAAAUUACAAAUAUAGAUGGCGGCGCUAUUGCUGUUGGCCAUCCUUUGGGUGCCUCUGGUGCUCGUAUCUUGACUCAUUUGUCUCAUGCCCUUCAACGUACGAAGGAAAGAUACGCUAUUGGUUCUGCAUGUAUUGGCGGUGGACAGGGUGUUGCUGUUAUUUUGGAAAGAGUUUAA